AUGCAAGACACUAUCAAUGCCAACAAUUGGCUAACUCAAGAUGACGUUAGCGGCAACAUUGUUAGCUUUAUGACGGCAGGUUCUGUAGUGCAUGCUGAUGUCUAUUCGGUUCAUUAUGAUUGUGAACUUCGGGGUCCUGAUGAUCCAUACACCUUUGUGCCUGUGCGUCAUAAAACAAAACGCCAUCCAAUGGCAUAUUUACCAUCUGGAGCGGAUUUAAAAACAAAUAAAUCUAUUCAAUCAAUGGAUAAAGAAAAUACAAAUCCAGUGCUUUGUGACUCAGUAAUUCUUGGUGAUGACGAGUCACUUAUUCGUGGUCAAAAUACAACAGUUGUUCCUGGUUUUAAAGAACUACCGGGUGCGGCAUAA